UAGCUCUUUCCAAGUUGUACACGUGAAUGGAUAGAUAUGGUUGAUGAGCCAAACUCCCAAACAUGGAGGAACACAUACUCCCACUUUCUCAGCUAAAAAGAAAAUCAUCAACUUUGCUUCAAUUUCUCUUCAAUGCUAUGGCUAUUACACAUUAAUUUGUACAUUAAAGCUUAGAAGCUGCUCAUCAACAAGUAGUUAUGAGGGUUAUUCAAUAUGGGUCUUGCUCAUUUCCAUCAUUUCAAUUCCAAGAAUGCUCCUUUUCAAGGAAGAGAGUUGGAGUUGUCAAAGUGAUCAAGUCUAACUUGUCGAACUCAGAUGCUAAGAGAGCAAACCUUUCUGCCAGGAAGAAGGACAGAAUUAAGCUCCCCGAACAUUACAGUAUUGGUGGAGACAGUAAAUCAUUGCACAUAAGUGAGUUUCUGAGCCAUAAAUCUGGUAUUGAGGCAAUGUUGAACAAGAGAGCUUUGCAAAGCUUUGAAUCUAUUGAUUCUAAUACGUACAGGUGUACUCUUCCACAAGUUCAACUUCUAAAUUUUGAAGUUGCCCCUGUUUUGACACUAAAAGUGAACCCGACUAGCGAAAACUGCACUGUGGAGAUGUUGUCUUGCAAGUUUGAGGGUUCUGAUUUGGUUGAGCAGCAGAAUGACCACUUUUCAGCAUCAAUGGUAAACCGUAUAACGUGGGAAACAGUUGGAUCUCAGCCUUUCCUUGAUGUUGAUGUGAAAUUGAAUAUAUCUCUCGAGAUACAUACAACAAGGGAUAGAGAGAGCACUUCCUUGUCAUAUAUGAUUUACAGUAGCGUAUUUUCCUUCACUAAAAGAGCAGCCAGGUGCGCGAAGCAUCAUGCGUUCCAUGCAGGUCCAAGAAGGCACCAAAGGGGGUGUCAUGUACACAGCUUACCUUACCCCGACACCGCAUUAAAGGCUGAUUCCACGGCUCGAAUCCUUGACCUACACUAAUCAGGAGAACGAUAGCCGCCUCUCUAGUUAUCUAUGCUUAUUUACGCCUUUCGGAUAUGCUUUUAUGAGGGACCUGCUAUUCAGAAAAAAGUACUCUUAGCAUGACAUCCAUAAAAAAGUAGGAAACAAAAAGACCUGUUAUCAAGAUUGUUAGAUUGAUAGCACAUUAUAUGUUUGUGGUGUCAUAUAUAUGUAUAAAUCUACUGCUACUUUUCUCAUCGUUGAGUUGUUAAGGCUUAAUUGGAAUUGAGAUGACCUCUGUAACUGUUCUCACUCUAAAUUCUCAAGUUAAACUUUCUUCUUUUGUUCAA